UCCCGCCCGGCCACGGGAGGCUUCGCAGAGGAAUCUUGCCCCAGGCCGCGCUCCGUCCGGGGCGGGGCUGCGCUGGGCGGGCGGCGCAGGGGCUGAGGGGGCACGCGGCCCGUCGCCCGCGCCAUGUCGUUCCGCCGCGCCUUGGCUCUGGCCGCCUGCGGCUUGGCUGGCGGCUCCGUCCUGUUCUCUGCCGUUGCCGUGGGCAAGCAGCCGGCCCGCAGCGGCGACGCCGAGCCGCGGCCGGGGGGCUCCGCCGCCGCCACCGUUUCCCCUGCGUCCGCCGCGCCGCCCGGGUUGUUGCUGCUGCCGCCCGCCGCUGCCUCCUGCCCGCCGGCCCCCGGAUGGAUCGAGAGACCCGCCAGUACCGGCGGCUACUGGGACAGCAACUGGGACAGACGUGAACCACUGGCUCUUAUCAACCUCAAAAAGAAAAAUGACGAAACGGGGGAAGAAGAACUGGCGGCACGUUUAGAUCACUGCAAAGCCAAAGCCACCAGGCACAUCUUCCUCAUCCGUCACUCGCAGUACAAUUUGGAUGGCCGGGCUGACAAGGACCGAACUCUGACCCCACUGGGUCGUGAGCAGGCUGAACUGACUGGACGCAGGCUGGCGAGCUUGGGAUUAAAAUUUGAUCAGAUUAUCCACUCCUCCAUGACUAGAGCAACUGAAACAACUGAAAUUAUAAGCAAAUAUCUCCCAGGAGUCAGGAAAAUUAGUACUGAUCUGCUGAGAGAGGGAGCACCUAUAGAACCAGACCCUCCAGUCUCUCACUGGAAGCCAGAAGCCGUGUAUUACGAGGACGGAGCGCGAAUUGAGGCCGCUUUCCGAAACUUCAUACACAGAGCUGAUGUGAAGCAGGAAGAGGACAGCUACGAGAUCUUUGUCUGCCACGCCAACGUCAUCCGCUACAUCGUGUGCAGAGCGCUGCAGUUCCCCCCCGAGGGCUGGCUGCGGAUGUCCCUCAACAACGGCAGCAUCACUCACCUGGUGAUCCGCCCCAACGGGCGCGUGGCUCUGCGGGCGCUGGGCGACACCGGCUUCAUGCCUCCGGACAAGAUCACGCGCACCUGAGGCAGCGGCCCCCAGGGCUCUUUGCACUGGUACCACUCGGUCUCUGUCUGUCAUGUUGGGCUGUGACACCGUCUUAAAAAUGUCCUCUAGCCCCUUGCCUCCUUCAUACGUGUUCAUAUCUGCCUUUCAGUCCAGAGAAGUCUUUGUAAGCCUGAAGCUGUCUAGUCCUCAAGUAUUGCCCAAGAGGCAAAGCUGAGCUGUGGAAUAGUUUGAAUGUCCAUGCACCAGCUGUGCCCCUGCCAUGGCUGUCUCUAAUGAGACCCGGCUCCUGCGGAUCUUCCCUGCUGCGGGGAGCGACUGGUGUGGGAACUGGAAGGAGCAGCCUUGUAUCAGACUGCAGCUAAAACUGAAGACGAGGCAGCUUGUUUCAGCUCCUGCAGAAGUGGCAAUAAGUGUUCUGCUGUUGAAAUGACAAAGGGAUAGGGCUUCAGGUUUUGUAAGCUGUUGAGGAUGUACAUUUACGUUGUGUUACUCUUCCCUUCGGCCCCCAAAAAGCUCACGCACACUGUGCCUGGAGGUUGCAAGUAUAAAGUAAAGAGGGUAAAAAACCCAUUGUAGCUGUGGUGCUAGAAUUGACUGCUGCUUAUAGCAACUGUUCCUCCGUCCUCAGGAAGUACCUUAAGCUGUUCUCAAUAAUGUAUUUUAAGUCUCAUGAAGCCUUUAACAAAAACUUGGUCUGCAGAAGGAUGCAGGGAUAAGUUUGUAGCAGCAUGAUGGAAGGAAAGCAGCAAUCUUCUGAAAGUGCUUCUGGUUCCUGACACUGCUAUCUGGGCAUGCCUUCUGCCACUGAUUUGUAGUUGUGGAUUCCUUGCUUUGCCUUUCAGAGUAGAGAAAUGGCACCACCAAGUUCAAAGUCAUGAUCCUUCUGUGGUGCUGGAGCAAACUGCUCCUUCAGACUCCUGUUGCCUGAAUGGUGAAACCAUGCCUGUGGGGUGGCUUCUGUAAGGCGAGGGGCAGGCAGGGUGCUGUGUGCAGCUCCCAUGCUGCUGGAUGGGGUCUGGGGCAAAUGCAGGUGGGUGAGAACAAGGUUUGAUGUUGAAGAGGAGGGCACAGAAGCAUUUUAUCUUCAGGAGGGCUGCUGGGCACCUGAACCAUGGUGGUAACUUGGCUCAUCUACAAACGUACUUACCUGAAACUCACAUACAUACCUGGGAUGUUGAAAAAUGUCAUCAUGUGCAUAGUCUGCUGUGGGGCUAAAGCACAGAUGGAGCACAUACUCUACGACAGCAAACAAAGAACUUGCCUGACAGGUUCUCUUGUCACCUGGAAUGUCGAUGAGACCCUAAACAGGUUCCUGUCAGCUGUACAAACCAUAAUCCUCUGGCACACAACAGGGUUUCAGGGCUGGUCUGGUACAGAACUGCUGCAGCAGGACCACAUUGAGGAAGCUGAGGCUAAUAGAGGACAAAGCAUGAUUGUUCUGUAGUGCAAGCGGUGGGGGCAAGAGGAAACCAUGAUAUAUCUCAUUGAUGCAAUGAGGCUAAUUUAUCAGUUUUUGUCAAUUAACUUUUUAAAAAGUUUGGAAUAAAAUGACUGCUCUGUC